AUGCCGCGGCGCCACGGCGCGCGAACCGAGGUCGGCGGAGACAGGGGGCCCGGGGCACGUGGCGAGACCCUCUUCCAUCCUCCCCCGGGAAGAGAAAUGGAGCGAGAGAACCGCGCACGCGCGCCCCCGGACGAGGCGCCCGAGCCGAGCGGGAAGAGGGGCCGGGGAUGGGAGCCGCGAUGGAGAACGAACGGGACACGGCGUGCCGAUGGCACCGCCGCGGAGCCGAGGCGCCUCCCCCGGAGCAGCGGAAGAAAGAACGGAGGAGCCCGCCGUCGGGAGACGGGCAGAGACCUCACCAUGCCAGCCGGUGAAUCUCGGGUACCACCGGCGGCGGCCGCCACGCGUCCAUCCAUCCAGAAGAGCCCGCGUCGCAGCACGCGCUGCAGCCGCGGGGCCGCGGAGUCUUGCCCCACACGCCUUCGGGGGCACCAGGUUCCACACGAACGUGCUUUCGACGUGACGGGCGAGAGGGCGGCCCCCUUUCCGGCCACACCCCGACUCCCGGGACGAAUGGCUCUCCGCACAGGACCCCGGUCCCGACGCGCAGCGGGGGACCCGCCCGCUAUGCCGCGCCCUGGUGAGGGGGCGACGGCGACCGACCCGGACGGGGGACGGACGGGGACCCGGCUAUCCGGCGCCGACCGAGGCUCCCGCGGCGCUGCCGCGCCGGCCGAGGCGAGGCGCCGCGCGGGAAACCGCGGCCCCGGGGAGGCGGGGGGCGGAGAAAGAGAGGGAGCGGACCUGGCGCACGGGACGCCGGGCGCCCCUCCCCACCGCCCCCUUUCCCCGGGCGCGGCCGCGACGCCCGCCGCAGCUGGGGCGAUCCAAUGGAAGGGCCCGGCUCGCGUCCAGAGUCGCCGCUGCCGCCGGCCCCCCCCCCCCGGGCCGCCCGGGGACCCCCGGGAGGCCCGUUGGUUCCUCCCCACGCCGCCGCCUGCCCUCCACCAACGACGCGCGCGGACACGGACGCGCGGCCGGGAGGAGGAGGGAGGGCGGGGGGAGAGGACGGCCCCCGCGCGGGGAUUCGGCCCCCGGGCGCGGGAGGGGGCGGCGGCGCGGACUGCGCGGACCCAACCCAUUUACCUCUUAACGCAACCCGACUCCGGGAAGACCCGGGCCCGGCGCGCCGGGGGCCGCUACUGGCCUCACACCGUCCACGGGCUGGGCCUCGAUCAGAAGGACUUGGGCCCCCCACGAGCGGCGCCGGGGAGUGGGUCUUCCGUACGCCACAUUUCCCGCGCCGCGCUGUGCGGCGGGGAUUCGGUCGCGGUUCCAGAGGAAAGAGCGUGCCGUGGCGCGCGUGUGUGUGUGUGUGCACGGGGCCUGCCGCCCGGCACGGAGGCGGAGACAAGAGAGGAGAAACGGGGCCCCUCCCCUCGGGAGGGAGGGGACCGUGGCGACGACGGCACAGAGGGGGGGGAACACGUGCCGGAAACCCGUUAUGAGAGGCGGACGGGCCGCCAAAGAGGAGAAGGGGAGGGGGGCGGGCGACGGUCGCCCGCUCCGUCCCUCCCACGACCCCCACACGCGCACGGUCCGCCCGGCAAGGACAUUGGGGCCUGCGACGACGGGUGCAACCCUCAAGCGCCUCCCCUCUCUCUCUCCGCGGGCCUCGCCCCGCCAGCUGCUCCCCAAGAAGAGCUCGCAUCGGGAGCCAAGGGACACCGCAGCGUCCCGCGGGCCGGCGCCGGAGCGGGCACCCCCGGGGUGCGGAAGGCGGAGGAGAAACAGCAGAGACGGAGGGCGGGAGACGCGGGAUCAGAACCGCGACGCUCGCCCCUUCGAGGGGCGCGGCCGCGGCGCGAGCCCGGCCAAACCUCGCGGGCACGUGCUGCGCGAAGACGCUCCGAGACGGAGCGAGCGGCGGGACGCAUCCCGGUGGGGAGAGGAACGGGAUCGAGGGAAGGUACGUCGACAUCCCGCGAGAGCCCCGGGACCGACACGCUGCUGCCCCGUGAGGGCGGACGUCCGCGUCCUAUCCCAAACGACCACAUGCUCACACCCGAGUCGGGCGCCACACGCCCCUCCAGGCCACCCCCGCUCGCAACUCUUCUCUCUCUGGCUCUACGCGCACCAGGCAGCGGCGGCGUCGAUGAAGGCGGCGGACGCGGCUGUGGCAGCCGCGGCGACCGCGGGUCCUCCCUCGCCUCCGACACCCGUCCCCAAACACACGAGAGCCUCUUUUUCGCCACGUGGAUACCAGUCGACCGGCACGCGGGGGCGCGACCCAGGGCCGGACGCGUCCCCCGCCCCACCCCUCGAUGCCUGGACCUCAUGAAGAGUUCCCCACCGGGCACGGCCAGGGGAACAGAGGAGGCACGGGGAACAGGAAGGGAGGGAGAGAGCGCUGACGAGGGUGGCUCGCGAGCGGGAACAGAGGAGCAGGGGGGAACAAAAAGGACCCAAGGUAAGGGGGGCGGGCUCGCAAGCGAGGGAGGCGCGCGGAGGCACCACCGGAGCACGACCACCACUGACAACGACGCCGGCACACGUCUGAACUUGUACUGA